AUGGUCGAUUACGCGCGGCUCGGCCCUGUCUGGCCAUUGACCGCCAAGAUGUGCUGUCGAUAUCCUGUCUCACGAAGCUCCAAUCAACACACCGCCAUGUGGGAAGGAGAAUCUGGCCCAAGACGAAGCUUGGUCGGCCCGGACCAGAAAGAUGAGCCGCACGGCGGGGCUCGAGAUCCCGCGUCGGACUUUUAA